AUGACGCCGCCUUUGACCCCCAUUGGACCUGCGGAUGCGGAUGCCGAACCCGCUCCGCAGCAGUCGCUCUUUCAUAACUACUUGCGCGCCCUACACGACUUUGAUCCCAAGUCAAGUUCAACACCUGGAGAAGACGCCUCGAUGUUGACCGCGAAGCUCAAGGCCGGUGAUCUCAUCCUGGUGCACUGCAUUCACGCCAACGGCUGGGCGGAUGGCACAGUAUUGAAUUCUGGCGAGCGCGCCUGGCUGCCGACGAAUUACUGCGAAGGAUAUGAUCACCCAUAUUUGCGCAAUCUGUUAAAUGCCAUGACUCAAUUCUGGGAUCUCCUGGGCGCGAGCGAAGAUGCCAAUCUCUCGACAUUUGUGCGACAGGACUACAUUCGCGGGCUGAUCGCAGGCGUGCGAUAUCUGCUGGAGCGCGCGGAUUGCUUACAUCGCGACGUACCGCUCGUCAAAGCGCAUGUCGGUGUACGACGAAUGCGCAAGGGCCUCCUCGCGGAUCUGUCGUCGCUCGUUCAAAUCGCCAAGCGGCUUCAAGAAACGAUCAGCGAGCCGUUCGCUGGGGAAGUGAUUCAUUUCCUGCUUGAGGAUCUCAUCACGAAAGCAUGCAAAGUGGUCACGAGAGCCGUCAGCUUUCUCGACGUCUGGACCAAAGAGACCAGCUCUCGUGGGGACGAGCUGGGCUGGCUAUCGGUUCCUGAGUCAGCGAACGAGCCUAGCCCAAGCAAUGCACCACAACUGAACAUCGACACGAAUGCUGUUGCCAAAGAUGAGCCCUCUAGCGCCGUUGAUUCUGCUAUGGCACUCAUGGAUGACAACAAGGCAGAAGCUGAACAUGAUGUGGAGCAGACCGCUGAGCCAGCCGUCGUCGCUUUACCGAUAGCGGAGACGCCCAAAGACAAGACAGCCCGUCUCUCUGUGGUCUUUACUCCUCCCGCUGGUACUGUCGCCCAUCGCCUAUCGCUUAUGAGGAGAGAUACUAGUCACAGUGUAGUGUCAACACCUCUCGCAUCGGAACAGCUCGCCAAGGCUCACGAUAUCUGCAUUAGCCAUAUCGGAGCAUUCAUUGGACACCAUCUUCAUUCGAGACCUUGUUCAGAGCUUGUCGCCACAACCGACAGGCUUGUGCAGGCUUGCAAGAACAUGCUGAUCAUCGUGGACGAAGUUUGUGAGCGGGACCCACAUAACUGUGCCCAGGUUCGGAAAGUAAAGGCGGAAUUCGAGUCGAAAGUGGAGGAGCUUGCGCGAUCCACCAAGGACGUCUUUAAAUUCUCCGACUCACCUGAUGACGAGGAGAUUAUGAUGCCAGACCAGAGCAGCCAUCUUAUCACUGUGGGAACCGACCUCAUCCGUAACACGGCCGAAUGUGUCAUGAAGACCCGAAACGUCAUCGAACAGAUCGGCGACUUUGAGUUGAAGGCUUGGGUUGUCUCCUCGCCCGUCACGACCCAACCCAUGUCGGACAUGCUACCGACACCUCCGCCGAAGGAACCACAAUCACCCGAGCGAGAAAUCACACUGACUCCGGCGAAACGAUUCUCGGUCGAGAAGCGAUUCUCCAUGGAGAAGCGUUAUUCGAUUGAGCGACGACUUUCAAAGAAGUCACUUCCUCCGCUACCUCAAGCCCCUCCAGUCCCUAAUCCACGCGUGUUGACAGCGAUCUCAACCGAUGUCCCGGUGACCUCUCCGAUUGAUGUCAUGGAAACCCCAAUCACUCCGGCCAUCACCUCCAUCCGACAAUCUUUGCCCACACCUGCCGCACCUGUGGUCUCGCGACAUCGAUCUGCCACGCGCGUCUCCCAGACCUCGAGCAACCUCGCCGAGUCCCUGCGACGACCGUACUCUGUGCGAUCGGAUUCGAUCAGCCCUGCUAGGAAAGACAGCAUCGGCAUGUCCACUUCUGGAUCGACCGAUACCUUUGCCAGCAGCGUACGCGACUCCAGCAUGACGAACAAUUCACAAGGGUCUACUCGCGCGACAACGCCCGACCAGACCAAAGACUCGCCCAAGACGGAGUCGGCCAUGAUCGGAAGCUUCGCUAGCCUUUCAGACAUGCCAUACCUCGUAGCUGACGAGCAGAACGAUCACGAAGCCACUCUCCUCCAGAAGACGUACGCCAAUGAGUUGACUCUGAAAGAGGAUGGUCAGGUAUCCGGAGGUAGUCUGCCUGCAUUGGUGGAGCACCUGACCCAGCACGAUUCCGCUCCAGACCCAGUCUUUCUCACGACAUUUUUCGUUACUUUCCGCAAAUUCUGCGACCCCCGGGAUUUCGCACAGGCGCUCAUUGCGCGUUUCGACUAUAUCGGUGACAGCAAGACUGUCGGCAUGCCAGCUCGUCUUCGGAUUUUCAACAUUUUCAAAUACUGGUUGGAGACCUACUGGUCGCCCGAUGCGGACAAAGAAGCGCUCACCGAGAUCGAAAACUUCGCUGCGUUCAAACUCAAGCAGCAUCUUCCUGCUGCGGGGGACCGUCUCGCUGACUUGGUUCGCAAGGUCAGCAUCGGCUACCGAGAUGGAACACUCACAGGACCUGGCGUAUCAGGUGUUGGCAAGACCAUCCUCACCAUUGGCAUGUCUUACGAGAAUGAAGCCAGCGCUCCCGGCCCGAUAGUCAGCAAGAGCCAGUUGAACUCUUUGCGCAAUGCCGUCGGCGGAGGCUCUCAAUGCAGCAUCAUGGACUUCGAGGCCAUGGAGGUUGCAAGACAGAUCACUAUGUUGACGAUGAAGACCUUCUGCGACAUCCGGGCGGAAGAGCUUCUCAGCAUGGACUGGGGAAAGAACAACACUCAGAAGGCGAGGAACGUGCGAAAAAUGUGCUUGCUCAACACUGACCUCGCCAACUUUGUGGGCGACACCAUCUUAACCCCCGACGAGGCCAAGAAACGUGCCGCUGUCAUCAAGCAGUGGUCCAAGAUCGGUCAUGCUUUCCUUGAGCUGCACAACUACGAUUCCCUCAUGUCCAUCAUGGCCACUCUGCAAUCUUCGGUCGUCCAGCGAUUGAAGCGCACUUGGGAGAUUGUCAGCAAGAAGACCAAGGCCCGCAUCGACGAGUUGGCCCAAGUGUGUGACAUGUCCAAGAACUACUCCUCCUUGCGAUCCCGUCUGGCCGAGCCGGUGGCGCCUUGCCUGCCGUUUGUUGGUAUCUACCUCACCGAUCUGACCUUUGUCAUCGCCGGUAACCCCAAACGUCGCGAGCUCCCCGGCAGCACCUCCGAGACCGGCGGGCCAGUGUCCGUCAUCAACUUCGACAUGUACGUGCGCAUCUCCAAGAUCAUCACCAACCUCCAGAAAUUCCAAGUCCCCUACAAGCUCAAGGACGUCCCGGAGAUGCAAAACUGGAUCGAGGAGAACCUCAUCCGCAUGCGCGAGGACCACGACAAACUCGUCAGCUCCUUCCACCGCCGCAGCCUCUUCAUCGAGCCCAAGCAG